AUGCCGACAGCCACAAUAACAAGUCAUGGCAGCCAAUUUGCUGCAGCCACUGCAGCCUCAGUCACGAAGUCCAUGUUAACUCGAUAUAGCCUUACCAACGGCACCGAGACGUCUAUGCGGGUUGCUGAUAUCCGUAAAAGUCGCAGCGACUCUUUGAGCACCAAAUCAAAGGAAAGACUGAAUAUGCAAUCUUUGUCUUUAGUUGCAGCCGUUCGCAACGGUCAGUGGCAGCCUUUGCAAGAUUCUAUCUCCCAUUUCCAACGUGGUCUCUCCGGUCCCCAGUUUCAAGAAUUACGUAGCACCAGAGCAGUUCCAAACGUCGAUUCUGUCCCCAUUUUCACUGCUCAACUUGAUUAUAAUAACAGAAACAGAAAAGGAACCAGCAUUGGAGUAGAUUUUACUCAGUUCUGCAAUCCGUUCGGAAGUUCUGUGUAG